CUUAUCCAACAUCUAGAAUUUUGGAAUCCUCUUGGCAUUUCUCGAUGUCGUCACCAAAUUUCUCUGACUCUAACGAGAAGAAACCAGGUUCUGAAAGUUGGGUUGUGGAGGUCAAAAAUUAUCUGAAAGAGGUAGAGGAAACUGCUAGUAGAACGAGCCUGAAAGUGCCCAUGGCUCUAAUUAAGGCCAAGCCAGAGGCAUAUGUUCCUCAAAUGGUGUCUCUAGGACCGUACCACCACCACUCCCUGCAAGAAGAGCUCAUGGGUUCACACCACCAACGUCUUCACCAUCUUUCCCAGAUGGAUUUUUACAAGCUCGAGUCUGCAAGAGAUGCAACAAAGGACAAGCCCACUCUCAUCGACUAUUUCUUCUCUCAUGUAACAGAGAUGACCCCGGAUUUUGAGCAGUUCUACAAUUGGAAGAUUGAGGACCCAAAAAGAUUCGGGAUGGUCAUGAUGAUGGAUGGCUUCUUUCUCUACCAAGUUCUCAAAAAUGGGCUCCAUGAUCUUGAAGGAGAGGUAAAUCUAAGAAACAAUGAAAUCCCUCAACCCACACUUACAAGUAUCAGAUGUGAUAUUAUGAAGCUGGAAAAUCAGAUCCCUCUUUCUCUUCUCUUUGAAAUAGACAACAGUCUAUACAACAAGACACUUGAGUCUUGUCUCAACUCUCAUAUUCCUCAUCUCUCUUCCUUUCAAUUGUCUGAUAAUUUGAACAUUGACUAUGAAGAUGAACAUCAUCUAUUAGCUUGCGUGCACAAAUAUGUUUCGUCCUUCUUGCAGACCCAUAACCCACAAGAAGGAGAUAAGCCCAGAAAUCGUUCUUGCUGUGAGCACAUCACAACAGCUCUUGAUGACAUGGUUGCAGCCGUCUUUGGUAUCUUCUUUCCUCACCCAGCCAAACAAGGUCGUGGCGAUUUCCUGGACAGAUAUAACGCAAAAGAGCUCGUCAAGAUUGUAAUAUCAGACACCUAUACUGAAGUGGUGAUGAGGAAUUUGCUUGCGCUGGAGUUCAACGACGCCACUCGCCCUAAAUAUGUGACACAGUACGUGGAGUUGAUGAACUGCCUCAUCGACACACCAGAGGACGUUGCUCUGCUGCGUGAAUACAAUGUCAUUGAUCGGCACAGCAUGAACUUAACGGAUGAGUACGUGGUCAAGAUGUGGGAGGGGCUCGCCAAGACUAUGUUUUUUUCUGCGUUUGUGGAGAAGCCCCAAGGCAUGAAAGCUGCAAUCAGAGAAACGUUGAUCAAAAAUUAUUACAAAAGCAAGAUCAGAAAUUGGUUGAACGGGCUUCCCUGUAGACCGUUCGGAUUUUAGAUUAGGAUUGAAGGACGGGGCAGAAUGUAAUUGUAUCAUUAUUGUACACUAUUGUAUAUAUAUUCAAAGGAAGACUGUCAUUCUUUCUUC